UUGAGGCUGUCCGGGCUGCUGCCUGAAGGACUCUCAUUUGUAAACGUUCCUCCUUUAGCACACACACAUUCAUGGCAGAAAUCCCACUGAGACGGGAUCCAGUCCUCGGCUCAGGGUUUUAGUGAGGAUGUCUUCUUCGGGUCUGCUUUUGUAAAGUUGCAUCAGCUGGAAGAUUUCCGUUGAAUCCGCGUGUCCUGAAUCAAACUCUCCCCCCCGCGCAGCCGCGUCUCAGCUCAGCCUACAGAGUCAAUGAUUGCUUAACAGAUCCAGUAUCAGGGUUAUCGGAGACCACUUCGUUCACAGCUGCAAGGCGUUGGACCAACACAUUUGUCUGAUUUUUACCUCCGUUUAUUUCCAUUUUUCUGCACCGAACAGCCUGAAGAAGAUGAACACCGGCGGAACCAGCAGCGGGAAGACUUUUCUGUUCACGUCGGAGUCUGUUGGAGAGGGACACUCCGGUAACUGAAUUUAACGGUUAUUUUCAUUUAACGUCGAGUUUUCUCUCAGGUACAUGUUCAGACAUGUCGAGACACAAUAAGAGGUGUUUAUAAGGGUGUAAAAUGACUUAUAUCAAUAUAAACUCAUGUUUAAUUUAACGUACAGUGUUAACAUAAUACAUUAACAAUGAACGACGGAGUACACAUCCAAAAACAAGUAAAGUUUUAUCACGAUAAAGCAAAUUAAAGUUAUGGUUCAGAUUUGAACUUGACUGAGAUUUAAAGCAGAAAGACUAAAGCUUUAAAGUGGUGAAAACAAAGCGAAAUUCGAAAUAUUUAUGGCUUUUUAAGGCCAAUUUUUCACAACUUUAGAGGUAAAUUUGACAGUAAACAUUAGAAAGGCAUCCAUGAAACUGUUUUCUCCAACAGGAACAACACUCCAGCAUAAAUCCAUUAUUGUGGGGAACUCAUUUAAUUACUAUUUCUUUUUGACAAACUGAAACUUUUAAAUGAGAUUUUAAACUUUUGCAUGUGGCCUGCUCAGUUAUAUAUUGUAUUUUCUCCAACUGUUACCCCUUAAAGAUGAAACUUCUUUCCCAAAAUUCCUUUUAAUUUACUUUGAUUGAUACUGGCUUUUUGCAUUUCAUAUUUUUACUCUCGUCUGCCCUGUUUCUAUACUAGCGAACAGUUUAUAUUGUUAUCUUUAUUUUGUAAAUUCAGAGUAUUUAAGGUAGUCUUUGGUUUAGCUUAGUUGUUUAUUUUUAUAUUUAUACUUUUCCAGUUUUAUUCUUAUAGUUUAUUCUUGUGCACCAUGGGUCUGAGAGGACUGAAAUUUCAUCUGUGCUGUAUGUUUAACAUGUAUGGCAUAUUUGACAAUAAAGUUGACUUUGACAGUUCUGUUAAAGUUUUCUCCAAUAUAAGGACAUUUUAGAAGGCACCUCCAAAUGUUUUAACAGCUGCAAAGGUAUCUUUGAGGAGAACCUUAUCACUGUGUUAUAUUUUCUUGUGUAACUUUAGGACAGCUUUUGGUGCAUUCAAUCACAUUUUCUUCACUAGAGGACACAUUUUCCUGACCAAGUUAUGAUAUUGCGUCAUGUUUUCUCCACUGGUGCUCAUCAUCAUUUUUUCGCACUAGUAUUUAUAUUACAUUUUCUCCUCCAUAGGGGAUUCUUAAAGGGGAUUGCAUUGUGUUUUAUUGAUUUCCAGGGCACCAAAUCAGAUUAACCUCACUGGAUAAAUAGCCUAUGUAUGUGUUCUCAAUUUGAAAGGUGCCAUUCAUUAUGCUGCACCAUAUUUUCCCCACUAAAAGAGAAUCCCAGAGUGCAAUUUAUCAUAUUUUACUGCACAUAUGGGGGCAUCAUAGCAUGUACCUUUAUCCCAGUUUUUACACAUGGAGUCUUCACAGACUUUUUUAGACUAAUGCGGCAGCGGCGUAUCCACCUGUUGCUUCUUCAUUGGUCGUUUCUGUUUGUCUGUUCACAGAUAAAAUGUGUGAUCAGAUCAGUGAUGCUGUGCUGGAUGCCUACCUGAGCCAAGACCCGGACUCAAAAGUGGCCUGUGGUAAGUCUUACUCUGUCUAAGCAUUCUUAGCGUCUAAAACACCUCAUAAUAUACCCGUAAUAAGUUUACACCUACUAUAUGAUAUGGACUGACAGUAAUGCUAGCAGUUAAAUAAGAUAAAGUGCAUCUAAAUAAAGACUUGAAACUCUCAAGGUAGUUUAUUUUCUUAAACUAUGAGGUUAUGUUGUGAAAAAGAAAAAGAAAUUACAGAAAAAUCAUACGAGUAACAAAUGAUCAUUCAGUGUAGGAUAGUUUGACAUCCAGAUCUCUUUGCUCAGGCCGGUUUUAUCUCCCUCUUUAUUGCUACCUGGGUUUAAUAGUAUUAAACAUGAAGCAAGGGUAGGCAUCAGCACUUGUUUGAUCUUGCUUUAAAGAUUUAUUGAUAACAUAAUUAAACAGUCCCGUAAAUCAAAGUUCACUGCAGCAUUAUGUCAGCGGUUCACUGGUAGUUUACUGACUGGAUUUCACACCCUCUUGCUUUUUUUGGGUGCAGAAUGUGUUGCGAAGACCGGCAUGAUUCUCCUAGUUGGAGAAGUGACCUCCAAGGCCAUCGUGGAUCUCCAGUCUGUGGUCCGAAACACCAUCAAGUCAAUCGGCUAUGACAGCUCUGCAAAAGGUAAAUUAUGGAGGAGGUUAUGAUUAUUCUUUUUCAGUAUUUUGAAGUGAAUUUAGUGAUUAAAAACUUUUUUCUGCAGGUUUUGACUACAAGACAUGCAACGUGCUGUUAGCCCUGGAGCCUCAGUGUGUGGAGAUCUCAGACUGCGUGUUCGAAGGCCGGGAUCAGGAGGAUAUCGGAGCAGGAGACCAGGUUCAUUAUUUUGACCUUUAAUCCAGAACUUUGAUCAAACUACAUCAAAGGGUUUAAAGUAGUUUCUUAUGCAUCGUGAUGGCGGUCAUAAAAGUCGUCUUGAUAAGGAUCCUUUGUUCCUUUACAGUGCAGUUCUGUACAGUUUCAUUGUCAUGUAUUCUUGUGGGUUCUGGUCAACUUCUCCUGCUUAGUGUCAGAUAUUGACAGUGUAAACACGCUGAUGUGAAGCAGGAAUAACGUUUAUGAUGUUUAUGGUCUUUGUUUAGCACAUUAUAUGGCUUUCAUUAAUGAAAGUACAGUUGAGAAGAACAGUCCAUAAGAAGUGUUUGUAUCUGCUCUAAAAAACAUGCAUGAAGGAGUUAAAGAGAUCAUUUCCAGCAUCAGGGGCUGAACAGGAUAAAACUGUCAUUCUGCUUUGUUCAUAACCCAAAGGAUUGAAGGCAGCUGUUUUUGUGAAGCAUAUUUCGUACACUCUGGCAAUUCAAAGUGCUUUGCAGAUCAAUGUCAAAUCUAAAGAAAAGGCCUUUUUAUUGUUUUUUUAGUAUUUAAACAAUAAACAACAAACUCUUUCUGCUCUUUCUGUUAAUUAAAUGUGAACAAAGUAAACAUAAAAACGUACUCAGAAUUCCCACUUAUUGCUCUUAUAGUAUUUGAAAUGAUAACAAAAUGCCCUCUCAUGGCUCUUUUAACGUGUAAAAUGUAAAUAGAGGGCCUUUUCGGGUUUUUUUAGUAUAUUUGAUGUUUUAUGCAAGGUUUUUGUGUUAAAGAACUAUCCUGUCAAAGUUUAUCCUGAGUAUGGGACUGGCUGCUAAAACAUCUUCAUUUGUCUCUCCAGGGUUUGAUGUUCGGCUAUGCCACUGAUGAGACAGAGGAGUGUAUGCCUCUCACCAUCCUCUUAGCUCAUAAGAUCAACUACAGGAUGAAGGAGCUAUCCAGAACCGGAGAGUGUCCGUGGAUACUUCCAGACUCCAAAUCACAGGUGAGUCACAUCACAGAAUGAAUCUGUCUUUGUCUUCCUCUCUUUUAAUUUUCUGUCACUGAAAAAGCACAAAAGUGACUCAAAAGAACGGUCUCAUCUUCACUUUUUUUUGAGGUUGAAAGCUCUGAAAUAAAGACUUCACAAGCCCUUUGCCCUCUCUCUUGCAGGUCACAGUAGAGUACAAAGACAACAUGGGCGCCAUGGAGCCUCUGCGAGUUCACACUGUGGUUAUUUCAGUCCAGCACACUCCAGACAUCAGCCUGCAGGAGAUCAGACACCACCUGAUGGAGAAAGUGGUGAAGGUUGUCAUUCCUGCUAAGUACCUGGAUGACAGGACCAUCUACCACCUCCUGCCCAGUGGGAAAUUCCUCAUAGGGGGUCCACAAGUGAGUCAAGACGAAACCAAAGAGUGACUAGAAAAUAAAACUGUGAUAGUCUGAUGUUUGGGUCAACGCAGGUGUUCACUUGUUGCUUAUUUUGUCCUCAGGGUGACGCUGGGCUCACAGGGCGUAAAAUCAUAGUAGACACGUACGGAGGAUGGGGUGGACAUGGAGGAGGGGCUUUCUCUGGAAAAGAUUACUCCAAGGUGGAUCGAUCUGGAGCUUAUGCAGCACGCUGGGUUGCCAAGUCGUUAGUGAAAGCCGGACUGUGCAGGAGAGCCCUCGUUCAGGUGAGGAAGUCUUUUUGUCAAAGCCGCAUGCGGCUCACCUUUUAGGUAAAAAAUCUUUCUCUUGCUGUUUGUUAGUAGCCUGGCUGGGCCAUCCUGUUGCGUGAAUCACUUGCCGUUCCUUCCCACAACAGUCUGGACUUCGGCCCAUUGGGAGCGUGUAUUCCCGAUCAGAAAAUAACCGGGCUAAUCAGUGACUGUGUUUCCACUGUUCCCCAGACAACAGGGAAAAGCAGCCCCUGAUUGGUCCAUGUGUAGAUGGAGACGUCUAACACAUGCUGCGGGACUUUUCAAAGCGCCGUUCAUUCAGUACGCCGUUAAUUCUGCAUUUGACUUUGCAAAGUCAACUGCAGGAUUAACGGCGCUCUGAAUGAACGGCGCUUUGAAAAGUCCCGUAGCAUGUGUUAGACAUCACCAUCUCCCUGUUGUCUGGGUAACAGUGGAAACACGGUCUCUGAUUGGCCCGGUUAUUUUCUGAUCGCUAAUACAUGCCCCCGAUGGGCCGAAGUCCAGACUGUUGUGGGAAGGAACGGCAAGUGAUUCACGCAACAGGAUGGCCCAGCCAGGCUAGUUUGUUAGGCCAGGGGCAGGAUGAUAACCCCAAGCAAAAUAUUAUCAGGCUGCAAGAGGAGAAAAGUUGGGAACUUGCUCUGUAUGAGUGAUGCUUUAUAAAUGAACUUUUGUGUUUUGCUCUCAGAUCUCGUAUGCUAUCAGCGUGAGCCACCCACUCUCCAUCUCUGUGUUCCACUACGGCACGUCCAACAGGGAUGAAGACGAACUGCUGCAGAUAGUGCAGAAGAACUUUGACUUGAGGCCUGGAGUUAUUGUCAAGUAUGUAUCACUGAACAAAGCUCUUGUCACUGAUUAUUUAUUAAUGCAACAGUUUAAUACGAAGUGCUUUUCUCCAACAGGGAUCUGGGUUUGAAGCGGCCGAUCUACCAGGCCACAGCCUGCUAUGGUCACUUUGGCAGGGAGGAGUUCCCUUGGGAAAAACCGAAGUCUCUGGUGUUUUAAGUCUAAUCACAUUCCACUAAUACAACAAUCAUGAGUCCAGUUUAACUGAGCACGGCUGUAUCACUGUAACAAUCAUCAUCUUUUCUCUGUCUUUUGAUUUCUGACCUAUACUGUAAAGGCAGCGGUCAGUGCCUUUGUUAAUUAGUGAAUGAAUUUGAUUCAGUCACAUUUUCCUGUACGAAAACUGUAGAGUUUGUUUAAAAAAAAAGAAUUAUGCAAUAAAUGUGACAUUUUUGAGGGACUGUCAAGUCUAUAAAAUCAUGUAUUUUGAUAACACAAUAAAGAGUAUUUGUUGAUUAUAGA